UGAGACUGCAGCUUGCAGUCCGUUUCUUCUCUCUAGACCCUGUGCUAUCUCCCCACACAGUCCCAAGCUGUGAGGACCAUGCAGCAGGACAGACAGACCCACUGGCUACUUGACAGACAGACAGACACUCCCAGAGGUAGAGGGUACACCGGAAGGCGAUGAUUGCUUUGCUCAACUCUACUUCGUCCAGCCCCAUUGGCGGGACCCAGGGGUCAGGGCAGCUGCAAAGGUCUGUCUGUGUCCUGGGAUUCAUCCCUGUCAUUUACUACAGUGCCCUCCUCUGCAUCGGAGUGCCAGUGAACAUUCUGACGGCAGUGGUCCUCUCCCGGCUUGCAGUCCGCACCCAGAAGUCCUCGUACUACUACCUGCUAGCCCUGACCGGCUCUGAUAUCCUGACCCAGCUCUUCAUCGUCUUCGUGGGCUUCCUCCUGGAGACAGCUGUUUUCCAUCGAGAGGUCCCGGAGCUGCUGCUCCACACCAUCAGCGUGCUGGAGUUCGCCGCCAACCACGCCUCCAUCUGGUCUGCCGUAUCACUGACGGUGGACCGCUACCUGGCGCUGUGCCACCCCCUGCGCCACCGGCAGUUCAGCUACCCGGAACGAACGCGAAAGGUCAUAGCCCUGGUCUUUGUUUUAGCACUUGCUUCUGGUGUCCCCUUCUAUUGGUGGUCGGACGUCUGGAGGGUCACCCACCCACCGACAGCAAUGGACAAGGCGUUAAUCUGGACCCAUUGCACCAUUAUCUAUUUCCUGCCCUGCAGUAUCUUCCUGGUGCUCAACUCUAUUAUCAUCUACAGGCUGAAGAUUCGGCACCGGAAACAAUGCCACGAGCAGUGCCAACAGCCAGCCCCGAGGCGCUGUGGCAAAACCACGGCCAUCCUGCUGGCGCUCACCACUGCCUUCUCAAUCCUGUGGGCACCACGCACUUUCGUCAUCAUCUACCACCUCUAUGUGUCCACAGUGAACCGCAACUGGCUUGUUCACCUGGCCUACGACCUUGCCAACAUGCUUGCCAUGCUCAACACUGCUGUCAAUUUCUUCCUGUACUGCUUCGUCAGCAAGCGUUUCCGCUCGGGCGUCCGAGACGUGCUCCUGCUGGGUGGCGGGGCCCCGCCAGCUCCCCAUCAUCCCCUGACCCUCAAAUCACUUUCCAAUUCCCUGCACUCCUCCUGUGAUGGCAAGAGACUCAGUUCCCCUGACGUGACCCCUUCUCAUUUCUGACUCAGGAAUUAGCACAUUAACACGGCUUUGGCAGUCCUCCAACCAUUCUGUGGAGUUUAAAGAACGGGAAAAAAGAUAUUGACAAAGACUUCUCAUCAAAAAUUUGGCAAAUCAUUUUCUAUUAGUUUCUUUUUAGUUUUCCUACAGAAAUGGAUCUCUUGUUUGCUGAAGGAUUUCCAUAAGGGAAUUAAAUAAUGAAUGUAACUUCACCCAAUCAAUGAAUCAUAAAGGGACCGUUCUAGUAUUCGUACAUUUGGGAACAACAUCAUAAAAAUUGAUUGUAAUAAAAGGUUUACAAGACCUCUUGUUACUGUUCCUCCAUUGUCGUAAAUAACAAAAAAUAAAAUAAUUAACAGGAGAUUAAUUACUUCUCAGGAGUUAAAGUUAGAGGUAG